GCCUUCUUAAUUAUCACCACCCAAUUACCGCCACCGCUGAAAUAGACACUUCCCCUCGCAAUCGGUGGUCUAUUAAACUUGACCCACAGAGUUGUGCGAAGUAAGGGGAGGCCGGGAGGAGCAGCCAUGGGAGAGGUAGUGGUGGAAGCAGAUUACAGUUCUGAAAUUCCUCUCCACCAUUCCAGAAGGCAUGAUGAAAUGCAAGAGCGAGGGCAAGAUGGGAAAGAUGAUCACCAAUUCGCCAUUUCCGUCGCAGAUAGUCCGGAUAUUAUUUCUAAACCAUCAAAUUGGCACAACCCACAAGAAGCUUGGCUUCCCAUCACCGAGUCCAGAAAUGGCAACGUCUUUUCUGUUACUUUUCAUAUACUCUGCUCCGGGAUUGGAAUGCAAGCCCUUCUUCUUCCUGUUGCAUUUGCUACACUCGGAUGGGUAUGGGGCAUCAUAUGUUUGUCAAUAGCAUUUGUGUGGCAGCUCUACACCAUCUGGAUUCUAGUCAGACUCCACGAAUCCGUCGCCGGAAUCCGCUACAGCAGAUACCUCCAACUUGCAAUCGCUUCGUUUGGUCCAAAGCUAGGGAAGUUGCUGGCAAUUUUUCCAAUAAUGUACCUAUCAGGGGGCUCAUGUGCGAUGCUGAUUAUCAUAGGCGGUGGGGCCAUGCAAAGCUUCUUCAAAAUAAUGUGUGAUAGUGAAGGCACGUGUCAUGCCAAGUCAUUGAGUGGUGCAGAGUGGUUCCUGGUGUUCACAUGCAUAGCAAUUCUUAUAGCCCAGCUACCCAAUCUGCACUCCAUAGCUUGGACGUCUCUGAUUGGGUGCAUCACAGGCGUCGGAUUCUGUACUCUCAUCUGGGUUCUCUCAAUCACCAAGGGUAGGCCCAGCGGGGUGUCCUACAGCCCAUCUGAGCCCGCCAACUCUGACAUGGGCAAAAUUAGUCGAAUUCUUAAUGCUCUUGGGAUCGUUGCUCUUGUUUUUAGAGGUCAUAAUGUUGUCCUUGAGAUACAGGGAACAUUGCCUUCAAGCUCAAAACACCCAUCCCAUAAGCGAAUGUGGAAGGGAGUGAUAGUAUCAUAUAUACUCAUUGCCAUGUGCCAAUUUCCCCUCGCAAUCGCUGGAUUUUGGGCUUAUGGAAACCAGAUACCAUACAACGGAGGAUUGUUGAGCACCUUCUCGAAAAUCCAUGGGCACAGCACAUCCAAGUUCACGAUGGGCUUAAUCUACGCACUGGUAAUCGUGAGCUGCUUAUGCACAUUCCAAAUCUACGCAAUGCCAGUUUUCGACAAUCUGGAACUCAGAUACACAACCAAGAUGAAGCAGCCAUGCCCAAGGUGGGUUCGCACUGCCCUACGCCUCUUCUUUGGGGGGCUGGUUUUCUUUAUAUCAGUGGCUUUUCCCUUCCUGGGAAGCCUGGCUCCUCUUGUGGGAGGCAUCACGUUGCCUUUGACGCUUGCCUAUCCAUGUUUCAUGUGGAUUUCACUGAAGAAGCCCCGCCCAAAUGGUGCUGCCUGGUCUCUCAACUUGGGGCUCGGUUGCUUCGGCGUUGUUUUUAGUCUUCUUUUAGCUGUUGCAGCGGCCUGGACUUUGGCUGACAAAGGCCUACAUGCCAACUUCUUCAAGCCUUAAUAUGAGACUAAGGAUUAAUUAACAAAUAUUAAUUAACCCAUUUUGAAUGUUAUAUAAAUAAUCUUGCUCGAGUACGUGGCUAUGAAGUUGUUGGUUUCAUGUAUAUAUAUUGAGUGUCACGUGAACA